AUGGCCUCUAAGAUUUCAACAAUGCAAAAAGACGUCGGUCGAGUGAGCCCUGACAAUAACCAUUCAUCAACAACUGGACAAGUCCAUAAUUAUCCGAUCAACAAAAGUAUCGAGAUAAUCCGCUCCCACCAUCGUUCGUUAGAAUGCCCCCGAUCCAAGCUAGCGACGCAGAGACCGCAGCUCUGGUGUUCUUCUUCGCACAGCCGCGCCUCCCAGGAAGGAAACGAUUUGAGCGUCCGCUCAGGAAAGCAAAAGCAAUCGGAUUCUCCAUCUGGAACUCUCGUGAGCCCUGAAGGCUCUGAUCCUGAAAUCUCUGACGAUGAGAUCGACAUCGAUGAUCUAUAUGAGAUGUGUGUUUCAGAGGAUUGGGGGAACUUGGACGGAGGUCUGACGGCUUCUACUGCGUCAAGCUUGCACAAAACUAACACAUUGAUGCGCAAGCUAGAAUCGCCAGCCCGUCACGUGUCGGAUUCUGAUGACGAGACUUUCUCAGAUCUCUUUGAGAAAGAAAGCGCCACGUGUUCUGAAACGACGACGUCUACUUCCUCUGGGCGUUCACCAACCUCAAAGUUGUCGUCGAAAAACAUCCAUGGAGUCGCCAGCAACAAAGCCAAUUUGUUUACUGAUCGGUUUUGUCCGGGUAUCAUUGAUGAUUUGGAAACCGAAGAGGACUCCGAAGAAGAAGAAAGCUUCGAGGAUCAAGAGGAAGAUAAUACGGAUCCCUUCGGUCUUCUUCCGCUAAUCCAACAAGACCAUAUUUUUCUUGAGAAAGUGGAGGCACCAUCGUCUUCGGACAAAGCUCGGUCAAUAACAAAAACAAAAGAAAACCCCGCAUGGCCUGCAAGUAGCAGCACUUCUUUGACCAGGGAAAGCUUGCAGGACAAGGCGGGAGCUUGGGCGAGGCCUUUUGGCUACCGAUACAAGGCAGAAAGGACGAUUUUAACGUUAGAGGCUCAGACUUUGAAGUUAAAGCAGUUGGCCAGAUAUUCACACCUGCGUAGUCAGAUAUGGAAGAGGCCAAGAGAGGGGACAACUGAAUUAAUUACGAUUCCCGAAAGCUUCUCGGAAUGA